AAUCAUGCGACAGACUUUGUCUUAUCAGAUCUACUUCUUUUGGGGACUGUUGCCCUUUUGUGUGCUGUGUACAUUCUCUGCCAACAAAUGUACUGUUAAGCAUGAAGUAGCAGACUGUAGUCAUCUGAAACUAAAUCAAGUACCAGAUGACCUCCCCACAAACAUAACAGUGUUGAACCUUACCCAUAAUCAAUUCAGAAGACUACCACCUGCCAAUUUUACAAGAUAUAGUCAACUUACUAUCUUGGAUGGAGGAUUUAACACCAUCUCAAAACUGGAGCCAGAACUGUGUCAAAACCUCCCUUUGUUGAAAGUGUUGAACCUCCAACACAAUGAGUUAUCUCAGCUUUCUGACAAAACCUUUAUCUUCUGCAGGAGUUUGACUGAACUUCAUUUAAUGUCCAACUCAAUCCAGAAGAUUCAAAAUAAUGCCUUUAAAAAUCUAAAGAAUUUAAUCAAAUUAGACCUAGCUCAUAAUGGUUUAUCAUCUACAAAAUUAGGAACUGAUCUACAACUGGAAAAUCUCCAAGAACUUCUAUUGUCAAAUAAUAAAAUCCAUGCAUUAAGACGUGAAGAACUUCAUUUCCUUGGCAAUUCUUCUUUAAAAAAAUUAGACUUGUCAUCGAACCAAAUUAAAGAGUUCUCUCCAGGGUGUUUUCAUGCAAUCGGAAAAUUAUUUGGCCUCUUUCUGAACAAUGCCCAACUGGGCUUCAGUCUUACGGAGAAACUGUGUUUGGAAUUAUCAAAUACAAGCAUUCGGAAUCUAUCUCUCAGCAACAACCAGCUCUACAGAAUAAGUAAUCUGACCUUUUUGGGACUGAAAGAGACAAAUCUCACCAUGCUCGAUCUUUCCUAUAAUAAUUUAAAUAUGAUCGCUAAUAAUUCCUUUGCUUGGCUCCCACAUUUGAAAUAUUUCAUCCUGGAGAAUAAUAAUAUAGAACAUUUGUCUUCUCGCUCCUUUUAUGGGCUAUUCAGUGUGAGAUACUUGAGUCUGAAACGAUCUUUUACUAAACAAAGUGCUUCCCUUUCUUCUCUACCCAAGAUUGAUGAUUUUUCCUUACAGUGGCUAAAACAUUUGGAGUACCUUAACAUGGAAGAUAAUGAUUUGCCAGGGAUAAACAGCAAUAUGUUCACAGGAUUGACAAAUCUGAAAUAUUUAAGGCUAUCCAAUUCCUUUAAAAGCUUGCAAACAUUAACAAAUGAAACAUUUGUAUCACUUGCUCAGUCUCCUUUACUCUUACUCAACCUAACCAGAAAUAAAAUCACAAAAAUAAAGAGUGGUGCUUUUUUUUGGUUGGGCUACCUAAAGGUACUUGACCUUGGCAUUAAUAGCAUUGAGCAAGAACUCACAGGCCAGGAAUGGAGAGGUCUAGGAAAUAUUAUUGAAAUCUACCUUUCCUAUAACAGAUACCUACAACUAACUAGCGAUUCCUUUGCCUUGGUUCCAAGCCUCCAGCAACUGAUGCUCCGAAGGGUGGCCUGUAAAAAUGUGGAUAUUUCUCCCUCACCUUUCCGCAGUCUUCGUAACUUGACCAUUCUGGAUCUCAGUAACAACAACAUAGCCAACAUAAAUAGUGAGAUGUUAGAGGGACUUGGCAAACUAGAAAUUCUGAAUUUGCAGCACAACAACUUAGCAAGGCUCUGGAAACAUGCAAACCCCGGUGGUCCUGUUUAUUUCUUAAAGGGUCUUUCUCACCUCCGCAUACUUAACUUAGAGUCUAACGGCUUUGAUGAGAUUCCAGAGGAGAUUUUCAAGGAUUUGUCUGAACUAAAGAGCAUUGAUUUAGGAUUGAAUAAUUUAAACAUACUGCCACCAUCUGUCUUUGACAAUCAAAUCUCUUUGAAGUCGCUGAACCUUCAGAAAAAUCUUAUAACAUCAGUUGAAAAAGAUGUUUUUGGACCGCCUUUCAAGAACCUGAGUAACUUAGAUAUGCGUUUUAAUCCAUUUGAUUGUACAUGUGAAAGUAUCGCCUGGUUUGUUAAUUGGAUUAAUGGAACUCAUACCAAUAUCACCGGGUUACCAGAGUCUUAUCUGUGCAACACUCCACCUCAAUAUCAUGGCUUCCCAGUGACACUUUUUGAUGUAUCAGCCUGCAAAGACAGUGCCCCUUUUGAACUGUUGUUCAUAAUAAACACGAGUAUCCUAUUGAUUUUUAUCUUCAGUGUAUUACUCAUCCAUUUUGAGGGUUGGAGAAUAUCUUUCUAUUGGAAUGUUUCAGUACAUCGGAUUCUUGGUUUCAAGGAGAUAGACAGACAGCCAGAGCAGUUUGACUAUGCCGCAUAUGUCAUUCAUGCCUAUAAAGAUAGAGAUUGGGUCUGGCAACACUUCUCCCCAAUGGAAGAAAAAGAUGAAUCUCUCAGAUUUUGUCUGGAAGAAAGGGAUUUUGAGGCAGGUGUCCUUGAACUUGAAGCAAUUGUCAAGAGCAUCCAAAGAAGCAGAAAAGUUAUUUUUGUUAUAACACAGCAUCUAUUAAAAGAUCCCUUAUGUAAAAGAUUCAAAGUGCACCAUGCAGUUCAGCAAGCUAUUGAACAAAAUCUGGAUUCCAUUAUAUUGAUCUUUCUUGAAGAGAUUCCAGAUUAUAAACUGAAUCAUGCACUUUGUUUACGAAGAGGAAUGUUUAAAUCUCGCUGCAUCUUGAACUGGCCAGUUCAGAAGGAACGGAUAAGUGCAUUUCAUCAUAAAUUGCAAGUAGCACUUGGAUCCAGAAAUUCAGUACAUUAAGUUUUAUGUAGAGAUU